AUGCUAAAACAACAAUGAAGAGACUGAAUUUUCAUUCCAAUGGUAGUGAUCUGCGGUCAUCAACACACCGCUGGCCUGGCUCAAGGCUCCUCACUAAAAGAAGUACAUAUAAACCUGAUUAGCACCCGCGCUGGCUUGGUAGAUUUGGUCGUGCCGGUCCUAAAGCAGAUCAGUUCUGGACCCUCAAACAAUCUUUCGGCGCUGGCGAUACAUAUAUCACGGCGUUGACACGAUGACUCGGGCAGUUGAUGAGGUAAUUCAUGACGACUCAGGGUCUGACUUGGAGAUUGUGCUGAGCCACCAUGUAGAAUCUGAUCUUGAGGUUUCCAAUAGAACAUUUUUAAAAGAUGCAGAGGAAGCACGAGUCAAACGACGUAAAACGUUCUUCGAACACAAGGAGUCACAUGUAUCCCAAGAGGCCAAGGCCAGCAUCCGUCAAGUCACAGGCACUCGGGAACUACCAGCAAUAAUCUUAUCUGACAGCGAAGAAGACAAACUAGAAGAGAAGCAAUCAGACUCAAAAACGAUCAAGGGUACCGUCUUGAAUCUGCAUCAUCAAGUAGCCGUGGCCGAACAACAGAAAUUAGCCUCAGAGAAUCAUUCAACAAAAACGCUUGAUCUGGCCGAAAGUCCAUCAGAGGCAAGUUCCAUGAAUACUCUAUACCAGACCGACUUCCCCAAGUCUUCCGGCGAGGGCCCUCGUUCUAGCAUCAGAUUACUUUGCGACCUAAGUAAUCUCCAUACCACGAAUAACAGCGAUGAAAAUGUGGAUGUUGUCUCCCUUGCUAGUCUCCUCGGCUCACCAAAUCUCCUGGAAACGUACCAGUUUAACUUCAGUGUCCAGCUACCCAUGUUUCUCUCAUUUCUCGGUGAAAGUUUUGCCACUGAAUACAAAAAUAUUGUUUUUAUAACAGGUAGCUCGAUAUUCGAAUCUGCAACUCAAAAAUCUCUUAUACGGAAAAAGUUUAAUGUUUCCGAGGCGGUGGCUCCGCUUCCUAAUAGGUUUGCGUCACAUCACACGAAAAUGAUGGUCAAUUUUUACGACAAUGGAGAUGCAGAAGUUAUCAUCAUGACUUGUAACCUUACUCAACUAGAUAUAUGUGGCUUGACGCAAGCACUCUGGAAAUCGGGCAGAAUAAAAAAGGGACCAACAACCACCACUUCGGGAAGGAGAUUUCGCUUUGACCUCUUGCGCUACUUGUCUCGUUAUGGUCUAAAUGAAACUAAACGCCUUGUUUCAGUUCUUGAAAAAUUCGACUUCAGCUCUGUCGAUGUUGAAUUGGUGGCCUCCGCUCCUGGGGUGUACAAUGUGCGAGGAAAUCUGUCUACAGCUGAAUGUUACGGGUAUGCGAAGCUUCGUCAAGUCCUCGAGAGAAAUAAUCUCCUAAUCGAAAACACGGAUUCUAGGCAUAACAUAUUGUCACAAGUGACAUCUCUUGCGUAUCCGUAUACAAGUCAAAGGGGAAACACAAGCUCUGUAUUUUCUCACAUAUUAUGUCCUCUAAUGUUUAAAACAUGGCAGCAUCUUGUUCCCGGUGGAAAAUCGUUUGAAGAUCAUCAAAAAGAACAUAAUUAUGUGCCGCACAUCAUAUUUCCGACGAAAAAGGAUGUGCUUGGAAGUAAGGUCGGCUUUUUGUCUGGAGCAGCCAUACAUUUCAAGUAUGAGAGCUCAAUCAUACAUAAGGCACAAUACGAGCAAAAUAUCAAAAAGUAUCUCCGAAAAUGGACUACGCCAGGAGACAUCACUGGGAGGGAAAAUCUCACACCUCAUGUUAAGUAUUAUACGUGUGAUAAUGGCGACGAUUGGAAACUGCUCAAGUGGGUCAUGGUGGGAAGUCACAAUCUCUCGAAACAGGCGUGGGGCUACCCGAAACCAAAAUCAAACGGGAACAAGAUGGACAUAUCAAGUUACGAAUUGAGCGUUUUGAUUCCGCAAGACAAGGACAUGUUGGUUCCGACCUACAAAACUGACACUACAGUGCACAUAGGUAGCAAGCCCGUAAGAUUCCCGUUUUCUCUUCCUCCUAUGCUGUACCAGACAGGAGAUUUACCAUGGACCAUGGAGGGGCUUUAGAUACUCAUGAGUAUGCCAUCGUAUGUCUUAAAAUAAUUGAAAAAUAUGUGAAAGCCUCACCACCAUGUCCUACUAAAAUGUUUUGCACUCCACUCUG